AUGUCAGGCGGUAAAGCACACGGUGGUAAAGGUAAAUCCAGUGGAGAUUCCAGUUCCUUAAGGGCACAAUCAUCUUCAGCAAGAGCCGGUCUACAAUUUCCUGUUGGUAGAGUUAAGAGAUAUUUGAAAAGAAACGCCAGUGGUAAGGUAAGAGUGGGUUCUAAGGCUGCUAUCUAUUUAACUGCUGUUUUAGAAUAUUUAACCGCUGAAGUGCUGGAAUUGGCUGGUAACGCAGCAAAGGAUCUUAAAGUUAAGAGAAUCACUCCAAGACAUUUGCAAUUGGCCAUUAGAGGUGAUGACGAAUUAGACUCCUUGAUUAGGGCUACUAUCGCUUCUGGUGGUGUCUUACCUCAUAUAAAUAAGGCGCUUUUACUAAAAGUAGAGAAGAAAACAGGUAUUAGAAAGUAA